AGGGCUCAGGCCGGCGCGGCGAGCUUUCCGCUUCCGGCCGCCAUAUCCUUGGGGGAAUGCUUUCGUUUCGUGGUGCUUUGAAGUGCAGCAGCAGGCAUUGCAAUCUCAAGGACCUCGGCAAUCAUUUUAAUCAUGGUUAAUUGCGCUGUGUUCGGAUGCAACAACGAGUCGCGGCGGAAAACUGUCUCUGGUGAGAACACGAAGAAGCUUAGUUUUUUUUCUGUGCCGAAUGUUGUUCGUUGGCAAUGCAGCCAGACCUUAGAGAUCUCAACGAAGCGUCGAGCGGAAUGGUUUCGUCGCCUCUACCGGGGUGACAUUAAUACAGACGCUACCCACUACAAAGUCUGCAGCGAGCACUUCGUUUCUGGCAGGCCAUCCUACUUAAUGGAUCUGACGAACCCGGACUGGGCGCCAAGCUUGCACCUAGGGUAUGACACAAAGUCAACAACUCGAUCUGAAGAAAGGCACCAGCGACGUUGCAAGAGGGCUGCGACUCCAAAGGUGGUCCAAAAGGCCGAUAGCAGAGUGCUGCGACCCUUGACUACAAUGUUGAAUGCACAGCAGAGUGCUGUGAACAGUACUGUCACAAGCACACCACUUGCAAGUCCCAUUGCAGUACAAAAUGACCAAGGCAAUGAGUCACAUAUGUCUCAUUGCACAAUAAAUGAUUCAGGCCCAACAAUGCUGCAACAAGUACCAGCUGCAACUGUACCACAAGAUGCUGAUACUGCAGCUGACAUAUUUCACCCACCAUCCAUGCCAUCACCUGAGGUAGGCAGGGCCCCAGUCUCAGCUGAAACUGGUUCUACUGCUGGAGCUGCAGUGGAUGGCGCAUCCUAUGUGAAGUUCUCUGAGGCUGGUGUUCAAGCCACCACUUCGACGGCUGAAGCUUCAGUGAACACCACGUCAUUGCUAAAGGACGCUGAAACCCAAACAGAUAUCACAAGCAGUGCAUUAAACAGCUUCGAAGGCGACAACCAGGCCCUACGUGCAGAGGUAAACGAAGUGAAGGGCUCUUUGCGUAGACUUCAGUUGUCUAAAGCUUCAUUGGAGCAAGACUACAACCGUGUAAAAUUUUACACUGGCCUACCAAGCUACACAGUUUUGAUAGCGCUGUUCGCGCUUCUCGAGAGUGGUGUGUCGCACAGCGCAAACAAUGUGCUUACUAAGUUCGAAGAGCUUGUGCUCACACUUGUGAGGCUGCGACUAGGAGUGCCCUUGCAGGACCUGGCGUAUAGAUUUGAGGUAAGUGGACUGGUGGAAUUUGUAUUGUUGCGAGCACUUAUUUACAGUUGGCAUCACGUAUAUGUUAUAAUACUCUCGUGGGCUAACAUUUGGUGGCAAGAUGGCCCUGUUUGCUUUAUAAUAGUGACUGGCUUUAUCUUUCAGGUCAGCCAAGCCACAGCAACACGAGUAGUCAACCGGUGGAUUGCGGCCAUGCAUGUACGACUAAAACAGCUGGUGGACUGGCCCAGUCAUGAACAAUUGCAGCAGACCAUGCCAAUGGCCUUCAGAAAAGCAUUUGGCACGAGUGUGGUAGUCAUUAUAGACUGCUUCGAGAUAUUCAUUGAGCGCCCUUCGUCAAUGCUCCCUAGGUCACAGACGUGGUCGCGGUAUAAGCACCACAACACGGCAAAAUAUCUGAUAGGAAUAGCACCUCAGGGAGCAAUCACUUUCAUUUCCAAAGGGUGGGGAGGCAGGACAAGCGACAAGCUUAUAACAGAGUCGAGUGGAAUGUUGAACCACCUUCUCCCAGGUGACACGGUGCUCGCCGACAGAGGAUUCACGAUUGGUGAUGCCGUAGGCAUUCAUCGUGCACGCCUUGAGGUUCCUGCAUUCACAAGGGGGCAAACCUCAGCUAUCAGCCUGGGAGGUUGAAAAAACUAGGAAAAUUGCGAAUGUGCGCAUCCACGUGGAACGUGUGAUAGGUUUGCUGAGGCGAAAGUACAAAAUUCUUUCAAGCACCAUCCCUAUUGAUCUGCUAGCAGUGCGAAGCGAGGACACUCUAACACAACUUGACAAAAUUGUUGCGGUGUGUGCUGCGCUGAUAAAUCUGAGCAAAUCGGUUGUGCCUGUUGACUGAUCUGGAUGCGCCAAAUCUAAAUUUUACUUAAAGGGGUUGAGACACCAAAUUUUGAGGGUAUAAAAGGCCUGCUGCAGGCUUCCUCUGUAUGAAAGGACACUCAACAUGAAGUGUUCGACACAGCAAACGUGUUAAAUAUAUUUUAAUUUGCUUCCAAAGAGUGCCUAAAUGCUCGUUCUCGCGAUCGAGACCCAUCGCUAGCGCGAUUAACACCGACGUCACUGUGUUGGAAGCGUAACGUGUUUUAGUGACGUCAUACCACAUUAGAGCGACGUACGAUGAGCGGUGACCCACAGCACGGGGCAAGCCUCGAGUCUAGAGUGCAGUAUAAGCUGCAUCGGACGAAGACGCAGUCGGAAUCGGAGCUGCCGCAGCUAGCGAUGGCAACUGUCGGCGUGGGUUUGUUUGCUUGCACUGGUACAAAACGUGUGUGCGAGAGCAGACGAUGCAGCAGUGCGUGCGUCACAGCCUUGUGGGCCCACGUGACCAAGCUUCCUAGCCAGUGACGUCACUGUCCAACUCGGCGCCGAGAAACCGAAAUUGGUGCACAUAAAUAAUGCUAUAUUAAAUUAUUUACCGAGAAUAUAUGAUCCUUCCAGCGUGUAUUAUGCUUUAUGGAGCAAUAAGAAACGUUUGAAACAAACAACGCGCAAGCCACAAAUUUGAUGUCUCAACCCCUUUAAAUGAAGGGGCCCUGCCACACCUAAGGAUCUGCCAUGUACUGCAACGGAAACAACUGCUGGUGUAAUGAAGCAGAGGCCGCCCCUGUGUAUGUGCCAACUGAAGAGGAAGAUGAAGUAUCGUGCCGUGAUCGCGAGCCCCGUGCUACGAAAAGCCCUUGCAGUGCCUACCUUUACGUAACGUUAUUGCAACGUUAUCGGCAACAAUAAACCUCGUCGCACUGGAAAUAAAGUUAAUCUUUCCACCUAAAUUUGUCUUGCACAAGUUCACUUUUCGUUCCUUGAAAUCCGCUCCUACCCUAAU